AUGCAGCUGCUCCUGGCCCUGGCAGGGGUCCUAGCCACACUCAACCUUGCCCAGCCCUGGGAGGGCACUGCCCCAGCCUCCCCCAGGGCAGUGGAGACCUCGGUCCUCCAGGACUGCAUAGCGGAGGCCAAGUUGCUGGUGGAUGCCGCCUACAAUCGGACCCAGAGGAGCAUAAAGCAGCGCCUUCGCAGCGGCUUGGCCAGCCCCAUGGACCUCCUGUCCUACUUCAAGCAACCAGCAGCGACCACCAGGACAGUCAUUCGGGCUGCGGAUUAUAUGCACGUGGCCUUGGGGCUGCUGGAAAAGAAAUUACACCAGUGGUCCAGACCCUUCAAUGUCACUGAUGUGCUGACGGAAGCCCAGCUGCGGCGGCUGUCCCAGGCCAGCGGCUGUGCUCCCCGGGACCAGGCUGAGAAGUGCAGCAACAAGUACCGCACCAUCACUGGGAGAUGCAACAACAGGAGGAGACCCUUGCUGGGGGCCUCCAACCAGGCCUUGGCCCGCUGGCUGCCCGCCAGGUACGAGGAUGGGCUGUCACUACCCUUUGGCUGGACCUCCAGCAGGAGGCGCAAUGGCUUUCUCCUCCCUCUCGUCCGGGCGGUCUCCAACCAGAUCGUGCGCUUCCCCACCCAGAGGCUGGCCUCCGACCGGGGCCGGUCCCUCAUGUUCAUGCAGUGGGGCCAGUUCAUCGACCACGAUCUGGACUUCGCCCCGGAGUCCCCAGCCAGAGUGUCUUUCACUGCAGGCAUUGACUGUGAGAGGACCUGUGCCCAGCUGCCCCCUUGCUUUCCCAUCAAGAUCCCACCCAACGACCCCCGCAUCAAGGACCGGCACGACUGCAUCCCCUUCUUCCGCUCGGCCCCCGCGUGCCCCCAGAGCAGGAACACGGUCCGAAACCAGAUCAACGCGCUCACCUCCUUCGUGGACGCCAGCAUGGUGUAUGGCAGCGAGGUCUCUCUGGCCCUGCGGCUCCGCAACCGGACCAACUACCUAGGACUGCUGGCCGUCAACACCCGCUUCGGCGACAACGGCCGGGCCCUGCUGCCCUUCGACAACCUGCACGAGGACCCCUGUCUCCUCACCAACCGCUUGGCGCGCAUCCCCUGCUUCCUGGCAGGUGACUCCCGAUCAUCGGAAACUCCCAAACUGGCAGCCAUGCACACCCUCUUUAUGCGAGAGCACAACCGGCUGGCCACUGAGCUGCGGCGCCUGAACCCCCGGUGGACUGGAGACAAGCUGUACAACGAGGCUCGGAAGAUUGUGGGGGCCUUGGUCCAGAUCAUCACCUAUCGAGACUUUCUGCCCCUGGUUCUGGGCAAGGCUCGGGCCAGGAGAACCCUGGGGCCCUACAGGGGGUACUGCUCCCAUGUGGACCCGCGAGUGGCCAAUGUCUUCACCCUGGCCUUCCGCUUCGGCCACACCUUGCUCCAGCCCUUCAUGUUCCGCUUGGACAGCCGAUACCAGGCCUCGGCACCCAACUCGCAAGUUCCUCUCAGCUCUGCCUUCUUUGCCAGCUGGCGAGUCGUGUAUGAAGGUGGCAUCGACCCCAUCCUCCGAGGCCUCAUGGCCACCCCUGCCAAGCUGAACCGUCAAGAUUCCAUGGUAGUGGAUGAGCUCCGGGACCGGCUGUUUCAGCAAGUGAGGAGGAUCGGGCUGGACCUGGCGGCUCUCAACAUGCAACGCUCCCGGGAUCACGGCCUUCCAGGGUACAAUGCUUGGAGGCGCUUCUGCGGGCUCUCCCAGCCCCGGAAUCUGGCACAGCUUAGCCGGGUGCUGAAAAACCAGGAUUUGGCAAGGAAGUUCCUCAAUCUGUAUGGGACGCCUGACAACAUUGACAUCUGGAUUGGGGCCAUCGCAGAGCCUCUUUUGCCAGGGGCCCGGGUGGGGCCUCUUCUGGCUUGUCUUUUUGAGAACCAGUUCAGAAGGGUCCGAGAUGGAGACAGGUUCUGGUGGCAGAAACGGGGCGUUUUCACCAGAAGACAGCGCAGGGCCCUGAGCCGGAUUUCCUUGUCUCGGAUUAUAUGUGACAAUACCGGUAUCACCACCGUUUCAAGGCACAUCUUCAGGGCCAACGUCUACCCCCGGGGCUUUGUGAGCUGCAGCCGUAUCCCCAGGUUGAACCUGUCAGCCUGGAGAGGCACGUAA